GACCGCAUCAGGUCCAGGGCGCAGGCGCCGUACACCGGUAGUGACGCCACUGGCUGCGCAGUGCGGGUGUCCAGGCGUCGGUCGGGCUGCGGGUCGGAGCCGAUCGCCGUCUUUAAUUGGCGCCGAGGCCGAGCCAAGGAGCGGCCACCCGCUGGGGAAGAGUCGAUGUGACCCCCACAACACAGAGAGCCACCAUAUUGACUACCGGCCCACCGGAUGCUCCGCGAACAGGCCGUCAGGAGUGGGCCCUGACUGCGACGCGGCGCUGACGCGGUGUUAGACUUAAGAGUAGAGCGGUUUCUCUCCCGCGUGGAAUUGUGGGUAAUUAGACCGCCAUUAAUCCCUUCCGCCCAGUCCACCGACUGGCUGAAUGUGAGAUGGUGCUGGGUUUCCUCGUUUCCAGAUCUGGUGUGAUAGCGCUGGGGACGGAACUCAGGCCCGAACAAAGUCACGCUCCCAGAAGAUAACGAUGAUAAUCUUCUAAUUUCACAUCACCAGAGCAUUUUAUUAUCCCAGCGGAUAGAAGAACAAAUAUGAGUUGUGACUGGAGGGAAUGAAAACGGAAAAUGUUAUAGGACAGAGAGCAGUGGGCCUUUUCACACACUCAACCCAUUCCGAUAAUUUACUGACCAUCUCAUACUUUCCAUAACCCCCUAUAAUUUUUAUAUGUAGAAAUCUGUUGAUCUUAGACUGACAUUUGAGCUGUCUGAGAUCUCAUUGCUGCAGAAGUCCAAAGAUAUGCCAACAUUUGAAAUAAGAAGCAAAGUAAUUAAUUUGGUCAUCAUCUUUAUUGACACAGGGGGAUAUCUCCCUGUUCCCCAGGUCCAUGAACGGAUUCACUCAGUCAUCUGACCAGAUGAAACAACAGGAGGAUCAGUCCAAGGAGAGUCCAUUCACGUGCUCUGACUGUGGGAGGGGAUUCACUUAUUUAUCCUGUCUGCAGCGACACCAACGUAUACACACUGGGGAGAGGCCAUUCAUCUGCUCUGACUGUGGGAAGGCAUUUACUGAAUCAUCCUACCUGCAAGCACACCAGCGAAUACACACCGGGGAAAGGCCAUUUGCUUGCUAUGAGUGUGGCAAGCGUUUCAACUGGGCAUCCAGUCUGAAGAACCACCAGUGGGUUCACACCGGGGAGAGACCCUUCAUCUGCUCUGAGUGCGGGAAGGGAUUUACACGGUCAUCCAAACUGCGCAUUCACCAGCUGGUUCACACUGGGGAGAGGCCGUUCACCUGUUCAGAAUGUGGGAAGGGGUUCACUGAGUCAUCGGACCUUCGGGUACACCAGCGCAUACACACUGGGGAGAGACCCUACCCUUGCUCUGAGUGCGGGAAGGCAUUCAGUCAGUCAUCCAAACUGGUCAACCACCAACGGGUUCACACUGGGGAGAAGCCAUUCAUCUGCCUCGAGUGUGGAAGGGGAUUUACACGGUCAUCCAAACUGCGCAUUCACCAGCGAAUUCAUACUGGUGAGAGGCCGUUCACCUGCUCUGAGUGCGGGAAGGGGUUCACUCAGUCAUCGGACCUUCUGACCCACCAACGAAUUCACACUGGGGAGAGACCAUACUCUUGCUCCGAGUGCGAGAAGACAUUCUGUCGAUCUUCUGACCUGUUGUCGCACCAGCGGGCUCACGCCGCAGAGGCACUGUCUGCUAGCUCCCAAUACGGGAAGGGGUUAAGUCAAUCGUCUGACCUACAUCCCGAGGUGAGACCGUUUACCUGCUUCGAGUGUGGGAAGGGAUUCGCUUGGUCAUCGAGUCUGUUGAGGCACCAACAACUUCAUAGCGGGGUGAGGCAAUUCAUCUGCACCGAGUGCGGGAAGGGAUUUACACGGUCAUCCAGACUGCUCGCUCAUCAGCGAGCUCAUGCCGGGGAGAGGCCGUUCAACUGCACCGAGUGUGGGAGGGGGUUCAUGCAAUCAUCGCACCUUCUGACCCAUCAACGAAUUCACACCGGGGAGAGACCGUACGCGUGCUCCGAGUGCGGGAAGGCGUUCAGUCGAUCAUCUGAUCUGGUGGCGCACCGGCGAAUACACACCGGGGAGAGGCCGUUCACCUGCUCCGAGUGCGGGAAGGGAUUCACUCAGUCAUCCCACUUGAUGAGACACCGACGGACUCACGCUGAAACGAAGGUUUGUCGUCUGAUGAUGAGACAAAAGCAGGUUCACCCCAAGGAGAAGCAUCACAUCUGCUCUGACUGUGGGAGGGGAUUCAGUCAGUUAACUGACCUGCAGAGACACCAGCGAACACACACCGGGGAGAGGCCAUUCACCUGCUCUGACUGUGGGAGGGGAUUCUCUCGGUUGUCCCACAUGCUGUCACACCAGCGAAUACACACCGGCGAGAGGCCAUUUGACUGCUCCGAGUGUGGGGAGCGAUUCAAGUGGGCAUCCAGCCUGAAGAACCACCAGUGGGUUCACACCAGGGAGAGACCCUUCACCUGCUUCGAGUGCGGAAAGGGAUUUACACGGUCGUCCAAGCUGCUGACUCAUCAGCGUGUUCACACCGGGGAGAGACCGUUCACCUGCUCUGAAUGUGGGAUGAGAUUUACACAGUCAUCUAAACUGCGCAUUCACCAGGUGGUGCACACAGGUGAGAGGCCGUUCACCUGCUCAGAGUGCGGGAAAGGAUUCGCUCAGUCGUCCCACCUGAUAAGACACCGACGGACGCACGCUGAAGAGACGGACGACGCCGGGACGCAGUGGAAGGCGCUAAUUAAAUGCAACUUCCCAAGCAGUCGGCAUAGGACUACGUUACCCAGAAACCACCUGACGAAUGUGUGCCCAGGGCGCAGACGGUCGAAUGCCGGACGUGACGCCACACGCGCGGGUCUCCAGGGAGAAGUUGAGCAGCGGCUCGGAGCCGGGAACCGGGACACGGGUUUAAUCGGGGCCGAGUCCGGACUCGUGGAGCUGCCGCCGUCAGGGGGAGAGUUGUUCCGAGCUCCACAAACACAGCCGGUCACUGCAGUGAGAAGCAGCCGGUCUCUUGCCGCCAGCCGGAGGCUCCAGGAUGCUCCGCCCGGCGUGGGCCUGAAUACGGGGUCGCGCAGGCGCGCUGUGGGAAUAGAGCGGUUUCUCUCCCGCUUGGCAUUACCUUCCAUGGCCAAUUUUGGAGUAGCAGCGGAUGGAACUGGCGUUCACACGGGUAAAUAUCACAAACUGCUCCAAGCACCUGAAGAGGUUCACUCAGCCUUCAGAUCAGAUGAGGUAUCCGCUGAUUUACUCCAGGGAGAGUCUGGUCAUCUAAUUCGGGUGUGGAACGGAAUUCACCCGGGCAGUGACCUGGUGAACGAUGGGCGGGUGCACUUGGGUGAACGGAGUUUCACCUGCGCCGACUGUGGGAAGGAAUUCGCCGAGUCAUCCAACCUGCUGAGGCACCAGCGGAUUCACUCUGCAGAGAGGCCAUUCACCUGCUUGGAAUGUGGGAAAGGAUUCCUUUGGUCGUCCAACCUGCUGCUGCACCAGCGAAAUCACACCGGGGAGAGGCCCUUCACCUGCUCUGAGUGCGGGAAGGGCUUCACUCAGUCAUACAGCCUUCUGCGACACCAUCGUGUUCACACCGGGGACAGGCUGUUCAGCUGUCCUGAGUGUGGAAAAGGGUUCACUCGUUCGAGUUAUCUGGCGAUACACCAGCGCAUUCACACUGGGGAGAAGCCGUUCAUCUGUCUGGAGUGUGGGCAGAGGUUCACUCAGUCAUCCCACCUGGUGACACACAAGUGGGUUCACACUGGAGAAACACCGUUCACCUGCUCCGAGUGUGGGAAAGGAUUCACUCGGUCGUCUAACCUGUUGAGGCAUAGACGGGCACACACGGGAGAGAAUGUUUUUAACUGUGUGGGUAUGUACCAAGGGAUUGAAGCCCGAACCACACGGAAUCACAGAGUAACACCACAACUCUUCCGACGGCAUCGUAGAAGGAAGGAUGAGAGGAGGAAGGAGGGAUCGUGGUUGAGAAUGCGGGUUCAGCCGCCCCAACAGCCUGCUCACCCACCGGCGCGUCCACACUGGGUGAGGCCGUUCACCUGCACCGAGUGCGGGAAGGGUUUCGCCCAGUCGUCCAACCUGCUGAGGCACCGGUGGCUGGACGCCGAGAAGCAGGUGCCGGCAUGCCCCGUGUACGGCAAGCAAGGAAUAGGAAGAGGUGAACACCUUCCCACAGUCGGUGCAAAUCAGCAGCGUCUCCGUCUCCCUGUCGUGGGUCCGCUGGUGCGUCACAAGGUGCGGGGCCUGGGUGAAUCCUUUGCCGCACCGGGAGCAGACGUAGGGCCUCUCGCCGGUGUGGAUGCGCUUGUGCGUGGCCAGGUGCGACCCCAGGGCAAACCCCUUCCCGCACUCGGAGCAGAUGAACGGCCUGCGCCCCGUGUGGAGCUGGUGGUGCCUGACCAGGUGGGAGGCCAGGGUGAAGCCCUUCCCGCACUUGGAGCAGAUGAACGGCCUCUCGCCGGUGUGGAUCCGCUUGUGGGUCACCAGGUGGGACGCCUGGGUGAAGCCCUUGCCGCACUCGGCGCACACGUAGGGCCUCUCGCCGGUGUGGACCCGCCGGUGUGUGAUCAGGUUGACCGAGUGGGCGAAGCCCUUCCCGCACUCGGAGCAGACGAACGGCCUCUCGCCGGUGUGCGUCCGCCGGUGAGUGACCAGGUCGAACGAGCGGGCGAACCCCUUCCCGCACUCGGGGCAGAUGAACGGCCUCUCCCCGGUGUGGAUGCGCUGGUGGGUCAGCAGGUUGGUGGAGCGGGCGAACGCCCUCCCGCACUCGGUGCAGGCGUACGGCCUCUCCCCGGUGUGGACCCUCCUGUGGGCCGACAGGUCAAAGGACCGGGUGAAGCCCUUCCCGCACUGCGCGCAGACGUAGGGCGUCUCGCCGGUGUGGAGCCGCUGCUCCGCACCUCCACCCCGAGGCUCCUCCCGCCGCUCUUCCGGAGGCCACUCCCAGCGUGCACCGGGGGUUCCGCCACGGCAGCAGAUAGAGCGGUUUCUGACGAGCCGCGCAUUAUGGGUGGGGCGCAUGCGCAUGCGCCGUGGCGCCCGUGCGCUUCCUGGGCCCGGCCGGGUGGCGGUGGGACCUUCGCGAUGAACCCAAUUCAGUGUCCUGAAUGUGGGAAGCGCUUCAAGAGGCCCAGUGACCUGGUGAAACACACGCGGAUCCACACCGGCGAACGGCCCUUCACCUGCUCUGAGUGCGGGAAGGGAUUCACCCGCUCUUCCGACUUGCAGAAGCACCAGCGGGUUCACACGGGGGAGCGGCCGUUCACCUGCCCCGAGUGCGGGAAGGGAUUCAUUCAGUCGUCCCACCUGGUGAGGCACCAGCGGGUCCACAAUGGGGAGAGCCCGUUCACCUGCCCCACCUGCGGGAAGGGCUUCAUCCAGUCUUCCAACCUGGCACGGCACCAGCGGAUCCACAAUGGGGAGAGCUUGUUCAUCUGCUCUGAGUGCGGCAAGGGCUUCACUCAGUCGUCAGGCCCAUUGAUCCCCCAGCAGGCUGUGUCGGGGGAGAAGCCGCUGAUCUGUGAUCAGUGCGGGAAUGGAUUUGCAGUGGAACACAAUGUCAUCUCCCAUGAUGACCAAACAGAAGAAGAAGAAGCUCAACAACUUCAGACAACCAAGCUCAAGGAACCGGAAGAGAUUAUAGAGCCAAAUACAGAAGACGAUUACAUUCACGCAAGUGAAGGACUCUUUGCUUAUCACUCUGUGUGUCACGAUUUAGUAUUUAGUGAGUGCACAUCACAGUUGACUAAAAAAUUUUACGAGCCAAAUUUUUCAUCCGCUUGGACAAAAUCUGAGGCGAUCAUUUGCAACGUGCUGGCGCCCUUGUCGACCAAGGAAGUACUGAGCGAUUUAAAGAAAUGUUCGUUUAUCUCACUCAGCUUGGAUACGUUAAACAAGGAGGACCACAAACUGGUCCCUGUUCUGGUCCAUUACUUUUGUCCGACGACUGGGGUGCAAACGAAGAUCUUUGAUUUUACUACGAGGCCGGGCGAAUCAUCUGACUUGCAGUGCGAAUUUCUUUUUCAACUGAUCACGAAAAAUCAUCUCGGCGGAAAGCUGGUCGGACUUCGCUCGGACAACACCAAUAUGAAUUUUAGUGGCUGUAAAAUUCGAGCUGGAAGAAACAAUGUUUGGGGAAGGUUGCAGGUCAGACUUGGGAAGGAGAUCUUCAGUGUCGGUUGUGCCUCUCGCAUUGUACGUAACUGUCUACAAGUUGCAGCCGACUGCCUUCCCCUCGAUCUGGAGUGCUUUGCUGUGAAGGUUUACAGAUACUUCCACAAUUACACUGUUCGUACGGAAGAACUGAAGGAUUUCUGUCGGUUUGGCAGCCCUGAGUACUCUAAGUUGCUGGAGCAAGGCAGUGUACAGUUCCUUUCCCUCGGACCAGCUCUGGACAGAAUUCUGUUGACUUUUGAGGUGCUGAAAGUGUAUUUUCUAUCGCAGGAAAAGUGCCCGACGCUGUUAAAGAGCAUCUUUACUGAUCCUUGCACCAGAAUGUGGCUUGCUUUCGCCACUAACCAAAUCGCAGUCUUUCAGAGGGCAGUCGAGGCCAUUGAAGACAACGAAUUUUCCGCGAUCGAGGUUGCGCUGCAAGUCCGAGACCUUCGGGAGGACUUAGCCGAGAGGCUGAGAGGGAGGUGCGUCGCAUCGGACACGCUGGUGUUUCUGCGGCGUUUGGUUGAGGACGGGACGAUUACCGAGGGGAAAUUCUAUAAAGCGUUGGAGGAUUUCUUCUCGACGGCGCUGAGUUACCUGAAUCAGUGGAGAGCGACCUUUGAGUGCACGGAACUGUUCGGCUGGGCUUUGCUGAGAAACAUCCCCAAGUGGGACGACAUUCAGAACAGCCUGGCCACUUGCCAAAACAGCAUUGCCGUUCUCAGCUUAAUCGACAAGAAGCGGCUCUUCGACGAAUGGGGGCACUCAAAACAUGUUAUCUCCCGAUACGUGUUGGACUGGAACGCGCAGAAAGUGCCCGUCUCUGAAAGAUGGGUCCACAUCUUUCGCGAGAUGGACAGGAAAGGCUUGGCGUACUCGCACCUGGCGAAGGCGAUUGAGUUCAUUUUGUGUCUACCCGGCAGCGCAUCCCCCGUUGAAAGACUAUUUCCGGCCAUGAGCAAUGACUGGUCGCCGGAAAAAUCCCCCAUCAGUGUUUCGACCAUGAAAGCCAUCUUCUUAGUGCAGGUAAACAUUGAACUUGACUGUGCAGCUUUCUAUGAUAAACUGUUGAAAGACAAGAAGACCUUGCAAAAGAUUGCCUCAAAAGAAACCUCUGACCCACAGGAAGCAUUGCACGACAGAGAAGAGACCACCAGUUCUUCCAAAGAGCAGCAGCUACUGCUUAAUUGAACAUAGUCACUUGCCAAAAUCGAGUUGGUCUUUGUUGUGAAAUGCAUCAAAUAUACAAGAGUCAGAAAAUGCAGGAGAGUUUGCCGCUCAAGAAAAUAUAAAUCACGACACCCACAUUAUGGUGAAAACUGGAACUUCUGGUUACCUACUUCACUUGGUCAUCACGUUUGGUGACCCGUUCACACCAGGGAGUUUGUUCACGAGCAUUUUGGUGUGAGAAGGAUUCAACCUCGUGCCCCGACACCCAACAAAGUACUGGAGUGUGUAGGAAGGAACGGCAGACCCUGGUUUAUACCGAAGAUAGACACAAAGUGCUGGAGGAACUCAGCGGGUCGGGCAGCAUCUCCGGAGAAAAAGGAUGGGUGACGUUUCGGACCGGGGACCCUUCUUCAGACCGAAAGUAGAGGGGGGGGAACUUGGAGAAAGGCCUGGUCAUUCACAACAAAGAGAGGUCGUUCAUCAGCUUCCACGCAAGGGGAUGGAUAAACUCGGGGAUCGUACCUGCUGAGGUUCUGAAGACACAAGGAACUGCAGAUGGCUGAAUCUUGAACAAAACACAAAAAGUGCUGGAAAAACUCAGCACGUCAGGCAGCAUCCGUGGAUCAAAUGAACAUACAACGCUUCGGGUCGGGACCUUCAUUCAAUUCAAUGAUCAAUGAUGCUUUCUUGUCAUGUGUACCUAGACACAGUGAAAUGCUUUGUUUUGCAUACAACCCGGUAAAAUUGUACAGCAGACUUCACCUUGGCACCACACGUUUCUGUCGCCGACAAAGCCACAAAGAUUCACCGAACAGUCCUAUCUUCUGCCUGCCGCGUCACAUGGCAGCAGGCUGCCCCCCCCCCCCCACCCUUUGUUCCCGGUCACCCACCGUUCUCGCCACCUCUCCCCCCCCCUCCUUAGUCGAACGAAGGGUCCUGAUACGAAACGUCACCCAUCCGUUUCUUCUGCAGAUGCUGCCUGACCUGCUGAGUUACUCCAGCACUUUGAAUGUGGUUCUCUUUCAUCUGAUCUGAACGUGGGGAAGGCUUCUGCCAUCUGGUGCCCCUGGCCUCUGGUGACGGUCCAGCAAAUUCACACCAGGGGGAGGGUGUUCACCUGCUCCAACAAUGGGAAGGGAUUCAAUCAAUUCAAGAUACCUGCAGAGAAAUUACCAGAUUCACACCGAGGAUAAAAAUUAAACGGAUUAUGUGAAUAUGUUGAAUUCUGCAGUUACUGCUGCUGUUCAUCUUUCUGGGUUUAGAGUUUAGUUACAGCGUGGAAACAGGCCCUAUGACCGACCGAGUCCACGCCGACCAUCGAUCAUCUGUUCACACUAGUGUUAUGUUAUUCCACUUACUCACCCACUCCCCUCAAACCCCUCAACUCCAUAUAAGGACGCAAACAGUCUUUCCAGGUGAGGCAGAGGUUCACUUGCACCUCCUCCAACCUCAUAAGAUAAUAAGAUAAGAUAAGAUAAGAUACAUUUAUUGUCAUUUGGACCCCUCGAGGUCCAAACGAAAUGCCGUUUCUGCAGCCAUACAUACAAACACAUAGACCCAAGACACAACAUAAUUUACAUAAACAUCCAUCACAUCGCUGUGAUGGAAGGCCAAAUAAACUUAUUUCUCCACUGCACUCUCCCCCCCCCCGAUGUCAGAGUCAAAGUCAAAGCCCCCGGCUGGCGAUGGCAAUUGUCCCGCGGCCAUUAAAGCCACGCCGGGUGGUGCGAGGUCGCACACCGGGUCUUGGUGUUAGAGCCCCCGGUGUGCGCUCGCAGAGUCCCGCGGCCAUUCCAAGCCGCGCGGGGCAGUGGUGUCAGGCCCCGCUCCAGGAGCUCUUCAACCCCGUAACUCGGGCGGGGGAAGUCGCCGUUGCGAGAGCCCUGAAAAGCGGUCUCCCUGCAGG